AUGGCCAUUAAGACCUUGUUUAAUCAUCGUCUGCCCGCUGAAGCAGCUGCGGCAUCCCUUGAAUGGUUGUCUAUCGUGGAUGGCACGUCUGUCUUGUGGAAAUCCAUCACUCCGGCGAAAAAGGAGUUAAUUCGCUCCUUUUUCAAUAUGUUGAAUUUGGAGAUCCUCAAACGAGCCCGACCACCGUCAUCGACGUUUGAUUUCACCUCAGCCAGCGUGGGGAACCUGUUUUUAACCGGAGCGCGACUUUUCAGUGGAAGCUUCGAGAGCGCUAUUUAUCUUCUCGGAAGCAUAUGCGGUGUCCAGUCGGAUAUUGUACGGGUCAUUCCGGCGAUCAACUCGAAUUUCUCUCAUCAUAUCUCUGCUACCCUCACUGAUGGAACUGUGAUUGUUGGGCAAAACAGCAUCUCCCACCCCAGUGAAGCAACGGCACUCGGGAGCACCGAAAGAGCCAGACGCCCUAGCCUACUACUUGCCGAUGGGGAUGAAUACGAGGAUACGGACUUGUCAGAUACCUCGGAACCAGUCUCAUACGAAGAGGAUCACCUUCCGGGCUCACUUGCCACCCUGCGAAAUAAGAACAUCGCGUUCAGCAAAGCCCACAACGAGGAUUUACCAUGUCGCAUUAGCCGUGUGUGGUACAUCAAUCCCUACGGCCAAGAGAUUCGCCCACCGGCAAAUCCACGCGUUUUGGAGGCUCUCAAUGACGCACAGGCCAUUGUAUACAGCAUAGGCUCACUUUAUACGUCCAUUAUACCGGCUAUCAUCCUUCGCGGCGUUGGGAAAAGUAUUAUGACUAGCCCAGCGCGUCACAAAAUUCUUAUUCUCAACGGCUCAAUAGACCGAGAGACUGGUCCCCCAUCUCAUCCAUUCCUGGCAUCGGAUUUCGUUGAAGCUAUCGCACGGGCCGGCGAAGAAAGUCGUGGAAGACGUCCUGAGAGAUUUCCCCCACUAGGCUCCAAUGACUCGCCUUCGUCCCCAGAGACCAUUCGGCCAUUUAACGCGAUCCCUUACACUUCCUAUGUGACACACAUCCUUCACCUGGAUGGACCAGGUACCCCCCAGGUUGACAGGGAGAGGCUGGCUCAGAUGGGAAUCGAGACAUUGCGCCUUUACGGACGAAAGAUUACUGCCAAACACCAAGGCCAAGAAGUUGUUGUUGGCAUGCAAUAUGAUUCCAAAGCUUUGGUUCAAGCACUUGAAGUUGUAUUAGGGAAAAAGGGGGAUGCAAUGGUUCGAGGCGGAGUGGAUGGUGGUUUAAACAGGAGAAACACUCUAGAUCCAGUUAGACGGGAAAAGAGAUAG